CUUGUUCACCCCUUCACCUUCUAGUCUUGGCAAACGACAGCCAGUAACCGGGACAACAUGGCUGCUGUGUUGGGUAAUAUUAGUCAUAAAUUGGUCUCUUCUGCUGUCUCGUUAGGCUCAAAAUGCCUGCUGAAGAAUACUGGCUCUCUUUAUUUUGCCAACUCGACUAGAGGUGGUGCCAAGUGGUAUCCUGAUGCAGAAUGGAUAAAGCAAUUUGAAGGACCUGUAAUGGUGCCCUUUGAGGGUCAGAGUAUGGAUUUACCGUCAUGGAAUUCCAAGUUAGCGCCUGUGGAAAAAAAAGUCCGCAAUGUCUCUCUCAACUUUGGCCCUCAGCAUCCAGCAGCCCAUGGUGUGCUGCGUCUGGUGCUGGAAUUAGAUGGUGAGACAGUGGUUCGUGCUGACCCUCACAUUGGAUUACUCCACCGUGGAACUGAAAAGUUGAUUGAAUACAAGACAUAUACACAGUCUCUACCUUAUUUUGAUCGACUUGAUUAUGUAUCCAUGAUGUGCAACGAACAGGCCUUUUCUCUAGCUGUGGAGAAGCUCCUAGGGCUUGAAGCACCAAUCAGAGCCAAGUACAUUCGUACAAUGUUUGCUGAGAUAACACGCAUCAUGAACCACUGCAUGUUCCUGGGAACUCAUGCGCUAGAUGUUGGAGCCCUUACUCCAUUUUUAUGGUUGUUUGAGGAGCGUGAGAAGAUGAUGGAGUUUUAUGAGCGGGCAUCUGGGGCUCGCCUCCAUGCUGCUUAUGUCCGCCCAGGAGGUGUAGCCUUUGACAUACCAAUUGGCCUGAUGGAUGACAUCUAUGAGUUUAUUAGUAAGUUUGGUGAACGUCUUGAUGAGGUGGAAGAUGUCCUUACACAUAACCGUAUUUGGAAACAACGAACUAUUGAUAUUGGAACUGUGUCUGCUGAGGAUGCUCUCAACUAUGGCUUCAGUGGUGUGAUGCUCCGAGGGUCUGGCAUUAAAUGGGACCUGCGAAAAACACAACCUUAUGAUGCCUAUGACCUUGUUGAGUUUGACAUUCCAGUGGGAAGGAAUGGUGACACGUACGACAGAUACUUGAUUCGUGUUGAGGAAAUGCGUCAGUCACUUCGCAUCGUCGAGCAAUGUUUAAAUCAGAUGCCACCAGGUGAAGUACGCGUGGAUGAUGUCAAGGUAGCUCCACCAUCAAGGGCAGAAAUGAAGUCUUCUAUGGAGGCUCUUAUUCAUCACUUCAAGGUGUUUACUCAAGGUUAUCAAGUGCCACCAGGUACUACAUACACUGCAGUUGAAGCUCCAAAGGGUGAAUUUGGUGUAUACCUUGUCUCUGAUGGAUCAUCAAAACCCUACAGAUGCAAAAUAAAGGCCCCCGGCUUUGCUCACCUUGCAGCCACUGAUAUGGUUGGGAAGAACCACAUGCUAGCUGACAUUGUAGCCAUCAUUGGCACUCUGGAUAUUGUGUUCGGUGAGGUGGAUCGUUAAAGUACCGUACAGUACAGUACUGUAUGUUAAUAUGCUAAGUGGUUCAUGAAUCCGAGCACCAUGAAUGGAGUAAACAAAAGUAAGUUCAGCCAUUUUUUAAACACUCCUGGGUUAAUUAGUACCAACCCUAGUACUGACACUGAUUUUAUAUCCUCUUUAGGCUUUCUGACUGGUGAAAGUGCCCAAACUAAAACGAAAUGUUCAGUAAUGUUUGUCCCUCCAUCAAUUUAAAUUCUGCAUAGAGUUAAUGGUUUCUUUUCAGUAAACAAAUGCCAAAGGUUGCUAUUAUCUUAGUGCCUCACAAGAGAAAAAUAAGAGCUUCAUUAAGAAUAACAAGAAGGCUGUCUCUCUCUCUAAGAAAAUUUCAGUAAUGCAGCCUUGUCAUUUAUGGCACCAUGCUUCCUCUUGACCCCAACAAUGAUAAUUUGUCUGUUUGUUUUAAUGUAUUGAAGUGCUUCAGUGACCAGGAUCUUUUAGGUACUGAUCAGAAAGCAUUUCUCUAACCCAGAAUAAUUUGGAGACUUGCAUUCUGAUGGUGUUGCUGGUUUUAUAUUGAACCUACUAAGGCUGGCAUAUUUAUUGAAGCCAAAGUUGCAACCCUCUCCCUUCCAUUUUGCUUUGGAUGAAGUAAUUCACUCACUUUGGGAUUUCUUUUCAAGUAAGUAAAUAAAAAAAAGGGUGUUUUGCUACCUUAACCCAGGUUGGAGAAUACAAUAUGUAUUGUUUGAAUUUACUAACCCAAGUGUUUGAAAAUAAUGGCUGAGUUUUUUUUUAUAUAUAUAAUGAUACAAGAUAAUUUAAAAAUGUACAGUAGCAAGCUAGGCUGUAUGUUACUACAGUAGUUGUUGAUGUAUAUAGUUAUAUAAAGAAAAGUUCAAAGACAUAAGAACUGA